UUCGGUUCAGGUAGUGAAAUGCAAUAUUAUCACGUUUUACUCUUACUGGCAAUUGCUGGUAGUGCGAUCAGCGAAAAGGUUCGCUGGGAUAACUAUCGUGUCUACGAAGUGUUUAUUGAAAAUGACAAACAGCUCGAUGCGCUACAGUAUUUGGAAUUGCAUUCGUAUGGUUACAUCUUCUGGCAGUCUCCCGUUCAGAGGAACAUGAAGCUACGAAUCGUAGUUCCACCCCAUAAAACUGGAGAUUUCGAGGGUAUGGUUCAGAGGUUAGAUUUAGAGAGUUCUGUAAAGAUUGAUAACCUUCAACAGGUCAUCGAUAAUGAGCGACCAGCGCGAAGAAAACGCGAAGGAUUCGGUUGGGAGGAUUACUAUACCCUGGAUGAGAUAUACGUGUGGUUCGAUGAGUUGGUAUUACAGCACGGAAAUAUGCUCACCAUUGAGUCCUAUGGAACAUCUUACGAAGGACGCGAAAUGAAAGCAAUCAUUCUUUCGAAGAAAUCUGGCAAUCCAGGAAUCUUUCUGGAAUCGAACAUUCACGCUAACGAAUGGAUCACUUCAGCUACUUCCACGUGGAUUUUGAAUGAAUUGCUAACAUCAACGAAUCCAACAUAUCAAUAUUUAGGAGAAAAUUACGAUUGGCAUAUAUUACCGGUGGUGAAUCCGGACGGUUUUCAUUAUACGAAGGAGGUCAAUCGCAUGUGGAGAAAAAAUCGUAACCCACACAACAUUUUGUGUUACGGAGUGGACUUAAAUCGCAAUUUUCCAGGACAUUGGAUGGAGGGUGGCGCUUCUAAUGUUUCGUGCACAAAUUCUUUCGCUGGACCAACUGCAGCUUCUGAAAUUGAGACACAGAACGUUAUGAACUACUUUUUAAAGUAUAAGAAUAACAUUGAGUUAUACUUAUCGUUCCAUUCCUACGGACAGUACAUGCUGUUCCCGUAUGGCUACGAGAAUGCGGACAAGUCCGAUAAUUACUAUGACUGGAUGGAUAUGGCCGAGGCUGCUGCGGUAGCUCUCUCGGAGCGAUAUGGCACGCUGUACGAGCUCGGAACAGCUGCAGAUGUUCUCUAUGUGGCAUCCGGUAUAUCAAUGGACUGGGCUCAUUCCGAGCACAACACCCCAAUCUCUGUAACUUACGAAUUGCGAGAUCGAGGAGAGCUUGGAUUCCUACUGCCCGCAGAACAAAUCAUUCCAAAUGCUCAAGAGGUGUUGGAUUCACUGGUUGUUUUCAUCGCAAAGGGCGUUGAAUUGGGAUAUUUUGCGCGUCGGAAUUAGGAUGGUGCGUUGUUAAGUUCUGACAGGAUUGUUAAAGGUAUAAUUCUCACCUAUAUUAGUAUUGGCAUUAUAAAAAUAAAA